CCUUUCAUCCCGGUAUGUGAUGUACAGUGCUCUGCGCAGUAAAGCACUACUCCGCACAUCUCUGGAGUUAAACUAUCCUACGAGUCCGGUUGCUUGUCCGUCAGGGCCGGUUGGAGUUGUCCUGCGGUGUCCCAGACUUGUCGGUACGUGACCGGAAUCCAACACGCAGCCCAUCAGUAGAUCGAUACCAUCUCGAGCGCCGUGCGCAGCACCUGUCCUGAUCUAACGACAUCGCUGCGCGCUUAUCAAGCCUAGAUGACUCAGUGAUUACGAAUGAAACUCGGUUGAAAGAUGUUUAUAAGUUUGACCGCAGUACCGUUUACCCCACGUCCCAAUAGCCUAUCUGAUGCUGCCACUUAUCCUGUAUGACACCCUCUCCGAACUACCAGGUAAUCACUGGUCACCUAACCCCGCGAAGCCGAGGUUCGUCUUGAGCUACAAGGAUAUUCCAUUCGUGACCGUCUGGGUUGAAUACUCAGACAUCUCCAUCGCUAUGAAAUCCAUCGGCGCAACGCCUAGCAAACGCCGAGAUGGCUCAGACGUCUAUACUGUCCCUGUCCUCAGCGACCCAAACACUGGCUCCCUCAUCAGCGAUUCCCUUGAGAUUGCCUCCUACCUCGAGAAGACAUACCCCGAAAAGCCCAUUUUCCCAAAUAACUCAGAACCUCUGAUUCGCGCUUUCGACUCGACCUUUAUGGGCUUGGUUCGCUCUGUGAUGAAGUUCCUCGUCGCACGCUGCGCGGAAGUAUUAAGCCCAGCUAGUGCCGAGUUCUUCAUUCGAGUUCGUUCGGCGGACUUCCCGCCUGAGAUGCCUCGGGAUGAAUUAUCUCCCGAGGGCCCGAAGCGUGAUGCGGAUUGGGAGCUGCUAGAGAAGAUGUUCAAUACUGCUGCGUACGAAUGGUACCAGAAAAGUGACGGAAAGUGGAUCAUGGGCGAAACUUUCUCAUAUGCAGACAUCAUUGUCGCUUGUUUCUUGCUGAUGUGGAAACGAGUACUGAAGGAUGAUGAGUGGGCUAGGAUAAGUUCUUGGAAUGGCGGGAAAUGGGCCCAAGUCCUUGCGGAUGUUGAGAAGGAGUGUAAAUUGGCUUAGAUGCCCUGCGUGUAUAGAAUCGAUUCCAGAAACUCUGAUGAAACGAUAAUGAAUCAUUUCGACAGCUGAACGGAUACUCAAGUCACCAACGGCACAAACUUGCCACAACAGUCGUGUGGUGCGCAUGCAUACAAGAAGAAGCGACUGACCUCCAUCUUAUUUGGUCUGACUACUUGGGGGACUCAGAACUGAGUAACGACAGAAAGACGUGUUUUUUCAAGGAGCUUUAUACUUGAACUUGAGGGAUGUCAAUUUUACAGUGCACGGGUCAGGCUUGAAUGUUCGAACACCUCAAAUUUAAACUUACGAAUGAAUUAUUGCAAUGCUGGUCAGUUCUCCUGCCAGUGUUCAAGUGCAUCAGACUUCGCCUUCACGUACGAUGACGAUGUGCGCGUUGUAUAGCAGCGAGUGCGUCGCUAAUGCUGUAGAUCAAAUGCAAUCAAGUC